AUGGCAGGAUGUUUGGGUGGUACACCUCGGUCCGCGUCGAGGGCGCUAUCGCUGCAUACGUCCAUUUCAAAUAUCCAAUUACAUGCGGAACUGGACAAGUUUUGGAAACUAACCGACUCGGUAGAUCGGAGGGAUGAACUCACAUCCGAGGAAGGUAUUUGUGAACAGCAUUUUCAAGGUAGAUUGGUGAUUAAAUUACCGGUCAGGGAACAUUCACUCAUCAAUAUUCAGAGCGACGAAGGAUCGCCAUCCGUUUUCUUGCCGCAUCACGGCGUAUUCAAGACCUCGGGUCAGUUUCCCAAAAUACGAGUAGUAUUCGAUGCCUCUUGUAAGACCAGCAGCGGGUUAUCUCUCAACGAUGUCUUAUUGACUGGUUUACAGAAGAUUCUAUGGCGAGAGAGUUCUACCGACGAAGUUAUCACUUACGAACUGCUCACCAUAACGUAUGGCACAUCUACAGCGCCAUACUUAGCCACUAGGUGUCUCGUUCACCUCGCUAACCUAUUUUCUUCAAGGUAUCCAUUAGGAGCGAAGCACCUCAUUCGGGACUUUUACAUAGAUGACAUGCUUACGGGAGCAGAUACCGUCAAAGAAGCAAGAAUCAUACGCGAUGAGGUGAUUGAAUUAUUACGAGAAGGAGGUUUCGAACUAGAUAAAUGGGCAUCCAAUUGUCCCAGCUUGCUCGAGGGCCUAGGCAAUCAAAACGAUAAAUUAAUUACAAUUAGCAAUGAGAUCGAAGCUUGCAUUCUCGGUGUUCAAUGGAAUCGAAUCGAAGACACCUUCCACUUUCAUUGUGAACCCGCGUCGGCUUCUACAAUUUCCAAACGCAGCAUUGUAUCUGAAACCACGAGAAUAUUUGAUCCAUUAGGAUUGUUGGGCCCAGUCAUCGUUAUCGCCAAGCUCAUUGUUCAGGAGUUGUGGCAGAUAGGUAUUCAAUGGGGUGAAUCUGUCCCUCCAGACAUUCAUACGCGCUGGACCAUGUUCAGAUCACAAUUAGUGGUUCUCAAUCAGCUGGAAAUUCCUCGCGCGGUCAAGUUUGAUUCCAACUCGCGGUCGAUGCAAAUACAUGGGUUUAGUGACUCUAGCCAAAGGGCAUAUGACGCUUGUGUGUACCUCCGCACGAAGUUGAGGCCACAUGAGUAUCGAAUAGAAUUAUUGUGUUCCAGGUCAAAAGUCGCUCCGCUUAAGGCGGUGUCUCUACCACGGCUUGAGUUGUGCGCAGCUUUGCUAUUAGUUCGUCUCAUGUCAAAGGUUGGUGAAGCAAUACAGUUGGAGCAUUCGAGGAGGUUUUGUUGGUCAGAUUCCAUGAUCACACUCAAUUGGAUAGGCUCGCCAUUUCGGAAGUGGACACCUUUCAUGGCAAAUAGAGUUGGCGAGAUACAGCGACUCACGGAUUUCAAAGACUGGCGCCAUGUCAGCUCAUCAAAUAACCCCGCCGAUGUUCUGUCGCGUGGACUAAAUCCCAACGAAUUAAUCAAUAAUGCUUCGUGGUGGCACGGACCCUCUUUUUUGCGACACAACGAUGACCUAUGGCCGGGCGGAAACAUCAUUCAACCACGGGAGAAUCUACUAGAGUUGAGGAUGGUAUCUUCAGUUGUGACUUCCACGGGUGACUGUGUAGUCAAUAAGCUGUUGACUAGGUGUUCGAGUAUCAAUAGAAUCAUACGAAUUGUGGCGUAUUGUUUGCGUUUUUCGAGGAAGCAUCAUCCGAGCGUUCCAUCAGUUGUUAUAUCGCCCAUGGAGGCAUCGCAUGCUUUAGAUAUCAUAUGUAGGGCUGUACAGAAACAGUCAUUCACAAGGGAUUACGAAGCAUUGUAG